CGUACAUUUGUUGGACGCACUCGAAAUGAUAUCAAUACACUACAUCAUCGUCUGCUGGAUAUGUUUGGUGAGGAGCGGCGAGAGCUCAAACAUGCUCAGGAGGCUGAAACUGAACAACCUGAAUCGACAUGCUCCUCACGUACUCCAUCUCCUACUGCCACUGAUUCCAAUGCCACUCCAACACCAGCCCUAGGGUCUUCCGCAUUACGGAUACUGCCAUAUUUCUCAAUGGAUAGUUCACCUGCAGCUGUUAUUCAGUAUAUCAAUGCAUUAUCGGAUUUGCCAGCACGGAUGAUGUUGAGUUCAGUUAUUUACGAGCAGUUCUUCGCUUCGCGGCUCAGCUCGGAAGAAGUUGAAGUAGCUGAACGUCCUAUGAGGGCAAGCUCGCCUCGUACGCAACGGUUUAGGAACCCUGCUUCUGCUCCAGCUACCUUUCCUGUCGCUUCCGCGGCAUUAGCAUAUAGCUCUCGUGGAAUGGGCAUUCAGGUAAGAACGCAGUUUUUGAGUGAUAUUUGA